AUGAAUUAAUCAUUACAUCAUAGAAUUGGAAAAGAACAUUAAAUUGAUUUUGCUGAGAAAAGAAUUCGUAAUUUAUUUAACAUAGACAUUCUACAAAAUGUUCAAAUUAGAAGAUCUUAAUUUAUUCAUUAAAUUCAUCCAAAUCCUAAAUCUCUUAUUCAAGAAGGUUAUACUGUGCAUUCUUUACCACUAAGAAACUGCGAUAUUAUGAAAAUACACAAUUAUCCUAAAUAGAAAUAAUACUUUAGUUAAUUGACAACCCAAAAUGAUCUAAGCCCUUAAAUUACUUAGGUUAAAAUUAAAAGAAUUAUGACAAGUGCUAAAAAGGAUAGAAAACUCAAUAUUUCUAUUGACAAUCAUUCCAAUACUGUAGCCUAAAUGCCUGCUUUUUACACAACCCAUUAAUGUAUCAUAUUAUUAAAUUGAGCCAACAGUAAAACCUAAAAAUCUAUGAUAUCGACAGAAAGUAUAGCACUCAGGAUUCGAUCUCUUAGUAGAGCUAAGGAUAAUCUUCAGGAUUCUUCCGUUUCUUAAAAACGAUCAGCUUCUCCUAAUAAGAAAAAAAGGUUAAACUAAUAUAAAUUAAUCUUGCAGUAACAGAUCAAUAGCUUUUGGUAAGACUAAUACUUUAAUUGA